AUGGAGGCGUCAGAGCGGGUAGAGGCUUCAGUGACUACGCUGUCGCCAUGCGCGCGAUAUAUAGCCGGUAUUGCGAACGGGAAAGUGCGCUUGAUUCACGCCGCACAGCCGGAGCGAUCAAAAACCUUGAACACGACGAUCCCGCCGAAGGACAUCACUGCGUUCAGUUGGUCUGCUGACAGCGAUAGAAUUGCACUACUCUCUAGCAAGCGUAUUGAGGUACUAUGCUUUGGCGACCAGAACUACCGAGUCCGCAUAGAUAAUGGCAGCGGCGGCCUUGGCCGUUUCGUCUCCGCUGCGUUCAUCAACACGGACACCAUUCUAACGAUUUGGGAGUUUGGUAGAGCAAAGUUGUGGAAUCUGUCGACAGGCAAGGGUAUCGAUUAUGGAGAUCUCAAAUCAACAUGCAAUGGCAGCAACUGGCAACAACGACCUCCCGUUCCGGGCCGCGAACCCACAAGGUCAGUCGCCAUGCUGUCAAGGUCGACCGCCGAAGACAUUUUGACCUUGCAUUUUCCGAAUCAAGAGCAAAGUCUGCCAUCUGUGAAGCUGCCUACUAUAGACGCGCAGUCAGUAUCCUGGUCACCAGACGGCAGAUGGCUCGCUAUUUUGGACACGCCUACUGCAAACCCAAGUGUACAUUUCUACACCGCUGACGGUCAUCUGUUCCGCUCAAUUUCGCCAACGCCGCGGACUGAGUCAUUCACUCUUGGUGUGAAGUCAUUGAUAUGGUCUGGUGACUCUCGCAUGGUGGGCUUGUCGCGAUACGAUGGAACGAUCGUCCUGCUGAGUGCACGCACGUUCGCAGCGGUAGCCGUUGUAGAGCAUGCCAGUACGAUCGAUCAGAGCCUCCUCGCACCGGAGCAGAGAGCGUUGAUAUGGCGAGAAGCUCUGUCAGCAGCAGGUGAACGAUCGUACUCUCUUGCACCACAGCCGGUAUCUCCGCCACUGUCUCGAUCGAAACCCAGUGAUGAGCCCUCAGAUCUUGGCGUGGCAGAGGCCUGCUUCAGCUGCGAUGGCAGCUACCUUGCAUCGCGAGAUGAGCGUAUGCUUAGUACAGUCUGGAUCUGGAGUAUGGCUACGUUAUCGGCGCAUGCGGUGGUCCUUCAGCAUGGCAACGUACGUAAGAUGCUAUGGCAUCCUACCAAGCCGGACGUGGUUAUGCUGGACUGCGGCGAAGGCUUUGCCUAUUUGUUUGACGUUACCGCAUUCAGUGCCCCUGCGUUUGUGCCAGUGUCGCUACCAGGUACCGCAACAUUGUCCUGGCUAGUUCCUUCGGCGGAAGACAAGAUAGCCAUACUGGCCGCCACGAGGUCUGCGUUUCGUGUGGUAUACCCAGAGGGGCGCGACUCGCUUACGGAUCGCGCACCAAGCCCAAUUGUGAGCGUAGGCGCGGAAGCCUACGAAGACGGCGUGAGCGAGGAUUCGUUGCUUGACGUACUAUCUGGGCGGAAAAUGUUGCCACCGAAGACGGAACCUUCAUACACAGAGAUGGUGGACCUCGAGGCGAACAAAGCAGACGAGGAGGACCACACCGUUGCGUUGGACGACACAUUCCGUGGAAAGCGAGCAGCGGCGGUCACUGAACCAGAGAGAGAUCCUCUGGACGACAGCCAAAUCUUCUAG